AACAUCUUCUGGAAACCUCUUAAGUACACGCUGAGUGCAGCCCAUUCCACAGAAGAGGAAGCUGGGCUAUGGCAGGGCUGAAGCCAAGCUGAGGCUCAGACCCACCAAGCUGAGGCUCAGACCCAUGCUCUUCUGACACCAGCCUGUGUUCUCAGCACCAAGAGUGGAAGGGAGGGAGGGAGAGACACACGUUGAUUAGUUGCCUCCUGCAAGCACCCGAACCAGGGUCAGGGAUGAAACCUGCAACCCAGGUAUGUGCCCUUAAAUCGGGAAUUAAACCGGCAGCCCGACUGGGACGGCUAUUUCCGUUGUUAUUGUUUAUUUUCCUAAUGCUAUUGUUAUGAUAAUGCUCCUCCAGAGCAGCCCAGAAUGUCCUCAAAGCCCUGGAAGGGGAGAACUCAAACCCUGGUCCAGCCUCCCCCCAUUCCCAUCCCCCUCAAUCCCCCUAUGGAUUCUGACGUAGGCAGACCAAGGGUCUGGCCGGAAAUCCCCCUUCCGGUUGUAGAUAAGCUUGGAACAGCCCAGCUGUACCCAAACCCUCCUCCCCAUCGCCACCACUCAUUUCACAGGAUCAAGUCCCCAAGAUGGAUAACCUGUCCACCAAGCCCCCUGUCCCACUCCCAUCACCCCCUGCACCCCCCAUUGCCCAGCCUGCUGUUCCCCAAGCAUCUGUCCAAGUCCUAGCCAUCCCUGCAGCAAAACAGCCCCAGCUACAAGGCAGGCGGACAUCCCUGAGGGGGUGAGGGGGAGGCGAGGGGUGUGUGGCUCAGCCCCGCCCCAGCCCCCUGCAACUCGACCUUAGCUUCAACCCCCAGCUCUGACGUCUCGGAAAAUUCCCCCCUGCCCAGGCCCCCAGGGGAGGGGAUGCAUGGUAUGAAAUAAGACUGAGACCCCAGGUGGGGGCAGAGGAACCCAAGAGAGGUGAGCCAUCGUGAACUGGGGACUGGAGGUCUGGACUGCUGGGUCUGAGGAAAAAGAGGGCUUAGGUCCCUCAUAACUGGUAUGAGCAAAAAGGACAAGAGGCCAAGAUUCCAGGAACCUGGGAAGAAGGGAGCAGAGGCCUGAACUACUGUGUCUGAGAGAAGCAGGCCGGGGCCCAGACUGCAGGGUCCCUCAGAGUCACCAGCUCACCCUGUGCCUUUCGUCCCUCUGCCCAGCAUUCACAAGCACCCAUGGACUUGUGGAAGUGGGAUGAAGCAUCGCCACAGGGAGUGUCCCUGGGAAACAGACUAUCAAGGCUGGAAGGAGCUGAGCUUGGCUUCUGCUUCCCUGAAGUGGCACUCCAAGAGGACACACUGACAGAAGAGACAUGCUGGAAAGGACUCCCACAGCAGGACUGGAGCUCCGCGUCGCCUCACCCAGAAACUCCAUGGGGGGCGGGUGAGUGUACGGGAGGGACAGGGAAGGAUUGGGGUCUUCCACCAUGGCUGAAGUUUAGCUUCCCUGGUUUUUUGAGGGAGAAUGGAGAUAGGACUGGGGACGCUUCCUUCUCGUGGCCCGGCCCAGAUCCGGGAGCCAGGGAACUCCCGAGGGAGCCGGGGAGCCGCACGCCUGGCCUCCCCUCAUUUCGGUCCGUUCCUCCUCGCAGAGCACGCCUCGCAGGCUCUGUGGUGGUCAGACGGGCCACAGCGGGGGCGCACCGGUUGGGACGCGUGGAGCCGAGUGUCGCCGGCGCCGGGCCCCGCCCCCUGCGCCGGGUCUCCCGGGCUCGCGGGCCCGCGCUCCGCCGCCUCCGCCGCCUGCGCCGGAGGGACCCGCUCGUGGUCGCGGGCCCCCGCCCCCGCCCGCUCCCCCGGCCCGGACGGUCCGGUCGGCUCGGACGGCGCCACGUUCUGGUGCCAGGGCCUCGGCGCCGACCACUUUUCCGGGAGGGGCCCUGGGGGCGCGGGCUGCCCCGCCUCCUGGGACUGGGGGCCGCACGCGGCCCGCACCGCCUCUCCAGAGGAGUGCCAGGGUUCAGGUCUCACCACCUCCUCCGAACCAGAAACGCAGCAGCAGGUGGACCGCGCAACGCUGGCUUGUUAUCCCAAAACGAACCACCGAGGUCCCAUUCAGCUGUGGCAGUUCCUCCUGGAGCUGCUCCAGGACCAGGCGCGUAGCAGCUGCAUCCGCUGGACAGGCAACAGCCUCGAGUUCCAACUGUGCGACCCCAAAGAGGUGGGGCAGUCUCCCAGACCCGCCCAGUCCGCCCUGGUCUCCUCUGGUUCAACUUGGCACCACCAUUCAUUUUGCCGAGCCCUUGGUCCCGCCCCAGCAUGCCCUCAGCUCAGCCGCACUCUGCCCCACCUCGCCUGUGCCCGGACCUCACCGGAACCGGCCCAUCUAUUGCUAAGCCCCCACCCCCUACCCUCUGGCUCCCACCUUCUCUGACUAAGCCUGGCCUUCGCCCUAGGUGGCCCGACUGUGGGGCGAGCGCAAGAGAAAACCUGGCAUGAAUUACGAGAAGCUGAGCAGAGGCCUGCGUUACUACUACCGCCGCGAUAUCGUGCGAAAGAGCGGUGGGCGCAAGUACACGUACCGCUUUGGGGGCCGCGUGCCCGGCCUAGCUUACCCAGAUAACGCUGGGGUCAGGGGCCGACAGGGAGCAGCAACCGAAUAAAAAUAUCCAGUCAAACUUC